AUGCAAAAACUGUGCAGGCUGUCUACAUACCCAGCAACAGGCGACCGGUCAACUUUGUUGCGGUCGCACGCUGCAAAGUCGGCGGAGUGCAGCGGGCAGGGCUCCCCGCGGCCUCGCCGCGCGCCUCGCGAGUCACGCCGCGUGUCGCUGGCACAGGCCUCGGGAUACGUGCAGCUCAACCAGUAUAGACUGCUGGAGCCUAUCGGACAGGGCUCGUACGGGAUCGUCAAGUUAGCCUACAAUGAAGAGGAUGAUACGCAUUACGUGCUAGACGACCCAGCAGAGGACCACCUGUACCUGGUGUUCCAGCUGCUGGAGGGAGGACCAGUCAUCGAUAUCCCCACCGAGAAUCCUCUCAGUGAGGAGCUCGCCAGGAGGUACAUCAGGGACGCCUUGCUGGGAGUCGAGUACUUACAUUACCAGAGGAUAGCCCACCGGGACAUAAAGCCAGCCAACUUACUGCUGGGCGAAGGUCGGGUGCAGGUGGCAGACCUGGGCGCCUGCGGGGAGCUGGCCGCCGCGGGCCGCGUGUCCGGCACUGUCGGGACCCCGGCGUUCCGGGCCCCUGAAGCAGCCGCACCGGCUGAUAAGUAUAGUGGAGAGGCAGCAGACAUCUGGUCACUAGGAGUCACACUCUACGCAAUGGUGACAGGCAAAGUGCCCUGGGUCGGCAGCUCAGCUGUGGAGCUGCAGCGGAAGGUGUUAGCCGAGCCUCUGACGUACCCUCCGAAGUUCCAGCCUUCGAAGCAACUGCGACAUCUGCUCAGUAGAAUGUUGGAUAAGGAGCCGGCGACGAGAGCUACGCUACAGGAGGUUAAGGACCACGAGUGGAUAACAGACGGAGGCAAAGAUCCCCUACCUUCGGAGCAGGAGAACUGCAGGCUGGUGGAAGUGACAGAGGAGGACAUGGCACAAGUCGUCACCUCCAUUCCCAACCUGUCCACUCUCAUACUCAUCAAAACUAUGCUAAAGAAACAUAGCUUCCAAAACCCGUUCCUCCGAAGUAGGGAAGGCAGUACGUCUCGUAGGGAAUCCACCAGCUCUCGAGGAGAAAGCUCUGAGAAAUCCACCGCAGCCGCUAAGAGAGGGGGACUGGCGAGAGCUGGCAGGUCGCUGUCUGCUCCCGGGAACUACCUGACAGAAAGCAGGCAAUCCUCCUUUGACAUUGGGCUAGAAUCAGUCCAAGAGUCUCGCGACCAGAGUCUAGACGUGACCGCCAAGGAGAAGAGUCCGCAGGGGAAAGAGAAGGAGGAGUCGAGCGCACGGUGAUACUCCACUCGUGCGGCGCGUGCGCACGCCGCCGCCGACCAAUGGUUCGUGCGCGUUCGAAUCAUGAUCGAAUUCGAGUAGCCAAUUGGAUACCGGUGAUACAAUGUUGCCACAACACAAAAUGUGCUGGCUGCAUUAUUUAAUUCGUAAUUAAAAAAUGCAUUGAAUUGAUAUUUUUUUACUAAUUUUAAAUGUAAUCUUGUCGUCAAAAUCUGGGGUAUUUAGGCUGCUAUGUGAUUAAUGUUCUAAUCAGAACUAAAGUGAAGUGUAACGAGAGCUCCAAAUAUAAUGGACGCUGAUUUUGAUGAAAGCUUAUUAAUGAUAACUUAAAAUUUUCACUUAAAAUUACUAAUUCAUUCAUCUGCUAGUCCUAUUCACUUAAUAUUGUAAAUAUUUUAAAAUAACAUUUGUCCUCUUUGACUUAAAAAGCACUUUAAUAUUUUAAUAACAUAAUUAGGUGUACUGUACGUACUUAGCGAGGCCGCCGCGGGGAGGGGCGAUACAUCAUUGUCUUCUUUGAAAAAUAAUAACAAGGAUCAAUCAAAAAGUAAUUCUUCACUCGUGGUGAUGUGAUGUAGGCGAAUUCAAGCAAAUAUGUGAAAAAAUAUCUGUUCCAACAAGAUUAAAUGUUGGCAGGUGAUAUAGAGCGCGGCUCGCGGGGCGGCCUCGUUGCGAGCAACAUUUUACAAAAGCCCGUUUAUAUUGUAAAUAUUUUAGCAUAUUUUUAAUAUUAAUUCAUAAAAAUUGCUCAAUGCUUGUUUGAUAUCAUUGUACAUAUUAUAAGCUUCUAAGGUUAAAUAACAGUUUUAUAAAAAUACAAAAUACAAUGGACUCAUUCAUGUUGAUAUUUCGCUUGGUCUGUCAAACGCUAACACAAUUCUGUUUGUGGGUAAAUAAAAAUGUGGGAAACAUUUUGAACAACAAAAUCUACGGCUGUGAAUAUUUUAGUAUCGGGAGUGAUUGCGGACUAUACGUUGUACGUGACUUUGUGGGAGAUUCCGACGUCCUCCGUACACAUACUUUCAUGUGAUAUAAUUGCUACCGUAACGCCACGACCACGGGGGAACGGGAGCGAUUUAAUCCAGCGAAGCAUUUUUCCCAGAAGAUACCCAACAUUUUCAAAUCGAAAAACUUAGGAACAUCCAAAUACUGAGAAACUGAUUUCGUAAAGUGAAACUACCAAAACACAUAAAUCAACGGAACACAUUAAUUAAUGUAACACCACAAUAAUAAUUACAAAACUUAAUUAGACCAGCUAGUG